UCAGUAACCAUGGGAUUUCUGAAGCUGUUGGUCUUACUAGCCGGUGCUCCAUUCUUGGCUGCGGCCCCGGUAGAGAACCAAACCGACCAGGUGGUGAUGUGUGAUGGAGUCAUCUUCCACGACGUGUACUAUGACAAGGAACUCCUGUUCACCGAGCUCGGGAGACCAUACAACUUGGUGAUGCACAAGUUUUCAGGCAUGCUCUUCUUCAGCCACACCAUCCAAAAUGGUACUCAAGUAGACUUCGGCAUCAGGUCCUGCCAUCUUGAGAAGAAAACUUGCAGAGAAAUACAAGGCGUUCCCGGGGGAUACGCAGUGGCUUACGACGGCGGCAACGACGAUAUCUACUUCGGCGGCCAUGACGGCAUAUACAAAUACAACUUCCUCACAAAAGCAGCGGAAUUUUUCGCCGAAGAGGGAAAGUCUAUCUGGGGAUUGUUUGUCCGACGAAACUUUUACUAUAUCGAGUAUCCCACGCAAAAACUUUUCGUGUACCAGGACGACAGUUUCGUUCAAGUAGCCGAAGCUAUUAAUAUAGAGGUGGACCAUUUCUUCGUGUCCAAGCACAUCGAUGUUUACUUCGCAAACAAAACAGCGUUGUACAAAGUCGAUAGGCCGAACAACGAAGCCGUAGUUUUAAACGACGAGAUAGUUAUACGUCAGAUAGUAGAGGACAGUUAUGGUGACGUAUAUUUCUGUGCAGGUGACGGAAUAUAUCUUGAAGAUAAACCGUACCAUAAACUUAAGAAGAUCGCUGAGAUCGAUCAGGCUUUCGGCAUGAGUUUCGAUGAUAAGGACCGUCUAAUAUAUUCUGAUAAGGAUACAAUAUACAGACUUAAUCCCAGUAAAUACAGUGGACUCUGUUUGAAUGCUAUAAUUAAUCCUGAAGACAGAAACGAUGAAUCGUUAAGGAAGACUUUGACAAGAUAAUUAAUUUGUUUAAUGAUUUAGGCUAUGCAACAAAGAAUGGAAUGAGAAUUUGUUGAUCAAACGAAGGUAUUGUUACUUACUAUGAUGCAAUUAUGUGUAGUGGUAUGUAUUGUUGUUUGGGUAUGGUUAAAAGGCAAACAACUUACGGACGGACAUUUUCAAAUGUAGAUAUAUGUAAAUAAUCCUGUUAUGACUCUUUCACACUUAAUACUGUUAAUACACGAUGUGAAUGUUAUUGUAAAGUAUCUUUACUGUUGAAUAAAAAUAAGAUUAGAUGUUAUUCUAUUUGAUUUCCAUGAAAGUGUUAAGUGAGAUAUAUAAUGUUAUUACUAGGAAAGAAUCGAUUAGGAAAAUUGUAUUUAUAAACAUGAGUUAGUAUCCUGUAAUAAUUGUAGAUGAAUAUAAUGUCAACAAUAAAGGCCAGAUCACUCUAGACGGUGAAAGUUUUCAAACAACUAUAAGACAAAAUAAAGAUUUUCAUUCACACGGGGAUGUAUUUGUAAUCAUAUUCAUUGAUUGUUUAGUAUUGAUGCAAACAAUGGUUGUAGAUACAAAACAAGCGAUGUUUCGUAACAAUUAAUUAAUAACACUGAGAUCCUCAUUGUUCGAAUGUAUCCGACAAAGAAACAUGUGGUUGAUUAGUAUUAGUUCUACAAUUAAAU